AUGGAUGCUCUUAGCUUUGUGAAAUACUGGCUAACGAAUAACACUAACGGCAAUAAACUCCGCCGUGAAAUCAGAAUCUCAGAAUCCGCCGUCGAAUCCUCCACCGCAUUGGGAGAUCCCGAACUUGACCUCUGCGAAGGAGAUGAUUCCUUCUUCGAGCUCGAGAUCUCUCUCUCCGACUUCUCCUUAAAGAAAAACAAAACCCCUGAAGAAAAACAGAACACGUUCUCCUCUGUCUCCAAAAGCAAAGUCCUUCCUUUCCUCGAAGCCACUUCGAAACCUCAAUCUCCCACCACUCUCCUAAAACCCAGUCAAAAGCUCCGUGCUUUCUCCUUCAAGAAGUCGCCGACGACAGAGAAGAAAGAACCCAACAGCAGAAGUCUCAACGUAAGGUUCAGAAUCGAAGACGAGACAACAAGGUGUGAGGACUCUGUUUCUUCCUCCUCAAAGAGAUUCUUUGAUCUCAUAAAGCCUUUGUACAAUAAAACAACCAAGAAACAGAGCAUCAACAACAGUGUAUCCACUUCUCCGGCGUCUUCACCGGCGGCGAGAGAGAAACAGAGGAGUAAUAAUAUUACUCGGAGUGUGAGGAGACAGCUUGGGAAGAGCCGGUCGGCGUCUGCGGCUAUCGGAGCCAUGUCUCCGGUGAAGAGACUCGACGAGUCUUUACAAGUGCAACAAGAUGGGAUUCAAAGUGCGAUUCUCCAUUGCAAGAAAUCUUUCCACGGAUCGAGAGAAUCUUCUAUGUUAUCGCGAUCCAUCAGUGAAUCUUCUUCACAAGAGAAGCUCAGUACUUCUUCUGAAGAUUCUUAUUUGUUUUCAAGAAUGUCAAGCGAUUCAAUGUCGGAGAAAUCAGUCGAUAGCCUAACUUCAAUAAAGGAACAGAGGGAGAAGAUUAGCGAUUAGUUUUUUCUUUGUAAUAAGAAAGAAAAGGGAAAAUUAGAUCGCAGGAACUUUAGUUUCUUUUGAAAAAUUAGUUUUAAAACUAAGUUUAAAGUGGUGAUAGUGAUGAUGCCAAAACAGAGAAAUCUUGUUGCAGGAUCAACAGAGUCUCAGAUUAGUGAUGGGUCUUGCUUUUACCUUUGUAUUGUGAUGGAUCAUUAUGUGAAUCCUGACACCUAGAAAUUUGAAAUUAUAUUGUAAAUAUAUAUUUAUUACAUCUCUCUGUCGUCUUCGUUUGUCACACAGCUGAGCUCACG